CAUUGUAGGACGACACUAGUCCACUAUACAUGUCUAAGCAAAGCUAAUCUGGACCUUCCGAGACUACCCUCCUUUCGUCUUGCUCUUGUUUUUGCCUGGCAACAAUGGCUCGUAAGAUCUCCUUCAUUGAGCUUCUACCUCUCCUGGUCCUAUCAGGACUUCUAUUUCCUGGAACUGUGAAGUUCGCGCUUUCCACUUGGGGAAUCGCUUCAGGUUGCUUCGCAAGCGAAAGAGAAGCGCUCGCCAAGCUGAAAGGUGGCUUCACGGAUCCUUUGGGCCGGCUCGCUUCGUGGGUCGGGAAAGACUGCUGCAAAUGGAGAGGAAUUGUAUGUAGCAACCUGACUGGGCGAGUGGUCGAGAUUAACCUCCACAACCCGUAUGUGGGUGAUGAUCUAAGCGGCGAUCUCAAGCCAGGACAAGCGCUGGGGGGUGAGAUCAGUCCUUCUCUGCUCGAUGUAAAAGAGUUGAACUACUUGGAUUUGAGCAUGAACAAUUUUGAAGGCACCAAAAUCCCCAGAUUCAUUGGUUCGCUAAAGCAGCUGAGAUACCUCAAUCUAUCGGGCGCGUCUUUCGGCGGACUGAUUCCUCCGAGUCUCGGGAACCUUUCGCGAUUGCAGUAUCUGGACCUCAGCAAUUGUUUUGCCAAAACGAGCCAAAACGAUCUUCUCUGGCUUCCUGGGCUUUCUUCCCUGAGAUACCUUAAUCUUGGAGCCGUUGAUCUCAGUAAAGCCGCAGACUAUUGGCUUCGAGCUAUCAAUUCGCUACCUUCUCUCACGGAGUUGCGCUUGCCCAACUGUUUCCUGUCAAAGCUUCCUCUUUCUCUUCCAUUCAUCAAUGUCACAUCGCUUGAGGUCCUCGAUCUCUCGAACAAUAACUUCAACUCUACAUCGCCUCGGUGGCUGUUCAAUCUCACUCGCCUCGUGUGUCUUGAUCUAAACUCAAAUAAUCUCGGGGGCGAGCUUCCAGAUGAAUUUGCUAAUUUAGCAUCCCUACAAGAACUCGACAUGUCCCAGAAUUCGUACCUCGAAGGUCGGCUUCCGAAAUCCUUGGGGAGCUUAUGUGAUUUGCGUGUCCUAAUGCUUUCUCUCAAUGGAAUCACUGGUGAGAUAACUGAUUCUAUUGACGGGUUAGCUCGAUGCAACGAUAGCAAGUUGGAAAAUCUGAACUUGUGGGACAAUGGGUUGUCUGGUAAUUUGCCAGAUUCUCUAGGAAAAUUAAAGAGGCUAAGGUACCUCCAAUUUGGGCAGAAUUCAUUUCAAGGUUCCAUUCCACAGUCGAUUGGAAACUUGUCGUUGAAAGAGCUUUCCGUUACCCACAACAGGAUGAGUGGGAUUCCUGAAAGUUUCGGGCAACUGUCGACACUGGCCGCAGCGGAUCUCUCCGAGAACUUGUGGGAAGGAGUCGUGACGGAGCGUCACCUAGCAAACCUCUCGAGCCUCGAGGAUCUUGAUUUGAAUAAAGCCUCCCCAAACAUUUCCUUGGCAUUCAAGAUAGCCCCCGGUUGGAUUCCUCCCUUCAAGCUCAGGUACCUUAACAUCAGGUCUUGCCAAUUGGGUCCUGAGUUUCCUACUUGGCUCAGGAAUCAAAACAACCUCAAGACCGUGGUGUUGAACAACGCUAACAUUUCAGGAACCAUACCCAAUUGGUUCUUGCAGAUGAAUCUGCAAUUAGAUGAACUAGACGUCGCAUAUAAUCGACUCACCGGCGAGCCACCCACCUCGCUGUUGUUUAUAGAUGACCAGUCUAAUGUCGACUUGGGUUCUAACCUCUACGAAGGUCCUCUUCCUAUCUGGUCUUCCAACGUGACCUCACUGUAUCUCGGAGAUAAUCGCUUCUCGGGUCCCAUUCCUCCCAACAUCGGUGAACUGAUGCCAGGCCUGACAGAUUUAGAUAUAUGUCGGAAUGGCCUAAAUGGUACCAUUCCCUUGUCCAUUGGGAAUAUGACCAAUUUGACAACCUUAGUUAUCUCCAACAACUACCUAUCAGGAGAAAUACCGCGGUUCUGGAGCAACUUAUCCUUGCUGUGGAUUCUCGACAUGUCGAACAAUAGCCUUUCGGGUCCAAUACCGAGCGAGGUCGGCUUUCUUUCCUCUCUCCGGUUCUUCAUACUCAGUGACAACAAUCUCUCUGGCAAACUUCCGUCCUCCUUGCGGAACUGCAGCUCUUUGGACAGUCUCGAUCUAGGCGAGAACAAUUUCUCAGGAAACAUUCCCGCAUGGAUUGCAGGGAGCAUUCCUUCGUUGCUGAUUUUGAGCCUGCGGUCCAAUUCUUUUACUGGGGAAAUUCCCUCUCAGACAUGCCGUCUUUCGAAUCUCCACAUAGUAGACCUCUCGCACAACAGCUUGACAGGAUCAAUCCCGCAAUGCAUCGGAAACUUAACUGGCAUGAAAUUGGAGCCCACGGAUGCUGACACGGUGAGGUACGAGGGACUCUUGACCUUGGUGGCCAAAGGAAGAUUUAUUCAAUAUGGUCAAAGCAUUCUUUACCUCGUCAACAGUUUGGACCUCUCGGACAACCGCUUGUCGGGGGAGAUUCCCGAAGGGCUAACGAGCCUCGUGAGGUUGGGGACCUUGAAUUUGUCCAUGAACCAUCUCACCGGAAAAAUACCGAUCCACAUUGGGAACUUGGAAUGGCUGGAGACUCUCGACUUAUCAAGCAACAAUCUCUCAGGGCCGAUUCCUCCGAGCAUGACCAAUUUAACAAAGCUGAAUCACUUGAACCUGUCGUACAACGACUUUUCAGGCAAAAUCCCGACGGCCAACCAGUUCCAAACCUUCAACGACCCAUCGAUUUACGAGGGCAACGUGGGCCUCUGUGGGAUUCCAUUGCCCGAGUUAUGCCCGGGAGACGAGAAACAGCCAGAGUCUCCUGACGAUGGCGGCGGAAACAGUGAGAGCAAGGACGGGGACGAUGAUCUCGAUUAUUUCUGGCUCUUCCUGAGCAUCGGGCUCGGUUUCUUUGUCGGGUUCUGGGGCGUCUGCGGCCCUUUGAUCGUAAGGAAGUCCUGGAGAGAGGCUUACUACGGUUUCGCAGACAGGAUGAAGAACAAGCUAGUAGCACUCGUCGCGAGUCAGGCAGGCUAGUAUGCGAAGCAUGUUUUCAGGGAUUUGAAUUC